GCGCAGAGGCGGCCAGGGCGCGCGCCCGCGGCGGUGGCGGAGGCCGGCGGGCUGGGUCCCAGGGGCGCGGCCGCGAGCCCCGGCGGGUCUGGGAGCUGCGGUGCUCCGGUUCCGAGGGGCUCCGGUCCGGCGGCGGCGCCCGCGGCGCUGAGCGAAUUGAGGACGAGGCCGGGAGGGGACAGCGCGGCGGGUCCCUCUCCAGCGGCCACGCCCGGAGUAAGGCAGAAGAGAAUGAAAGAAGUAGAUAAUCUUGAAAGUAUAAAAGAAUGGGUUUGUGAAACAGGAUCUGACAACCAACCUCUUAGUGAUAAUCGACAAUCAACUUGUGAGUAUUUUGUCGACAGUCUUUUUGAGGAAGCCCAGAAGGUUGGUGCCAGAUGCUUGUCUCCCACUGAACAGAAGAAACAGGUAGAUAUAAAUAUAAAAUUAUGGAAAAAUGGAUUCACGGUCAAUGAUGAUUUCAGAAGUUAUUCAGACGGUGCAAGUCAGCAGUUUCUGAACUCCAUCAAAAAGGGGGAAUUGCCUUUGGAAUUACAGGGAACAUUUGAUAAGGAGGAGGUGGAUGUUAAAGUUGAAGAUAAGAAACAUGAAGUGUGUGUGGCAACGAAGCCUGUGUUCCAGCCCUUCUCAGGACAGGGUCACCGACUGGGAAGUGCCACACCAAAAAUUAUUUCUAAAACAAAAAGUAUUGAAGUUGAGAAGAAAAAUAAUUUGUCUACUGUCCCACUAAACAACCUGGAACCCAUCACUAAUAUACAGAUCUGGUUAGCCAGUGGGAAAAGGAUUGUUCAGAAAUUUAACAUGUCUCAUAGGAUAAGCCACAUCAAAGACUUCAUUGAAAAGUACCAAGGAUCUCAGAGAAGUCCCCCCUUUUCCCUGGCCACGGCUCUCCCGUACCUCAGGCUGCUAGACGAAGCUCUCACACUGGAAGAAGCAGACUUACAGAACGCCGUCGUCAUCCAGAGACUCCACAAAGCCACAGAGCCUUUUAGAGGACCUUCAUAACAUCGACCUUCGACCCACCAAGUGGAAAGUUUGCAGAGAAGCGAUGGUUCGUAAGUGAACACGCAAACCGAAAUGGGGGAGUCAGGUUUACUGAACUUUUGGUUUGAGACCUAUGUAACUCCCUCCAGAUGGGAAGACGAGUAAGUACAAGUUAGGAGAGGAAGCUACGACGAAACUGUAUUCAGUGCACUGUCUCCCAAAGGCUACUCAGAAAAACAUACUUCUUUUCAAAUACCAAUGAUUCAACAUAAGAUAGAUUAAAGGACUAUAUCAUUUAGUAUCUUAAUGUGGUAUAAAUUAGCAAACAUGUUCACAGCAUCACUCAUUUAAACAUCAUUCCAGACAGCAGUGAUUUACUCAAAUGUUAGCUUGGCUCAGAAUUUUUAAAUAGCAAUACAUUAAAAGUUAUACAUGGCAGGUUAAAAGCAUCAGUGUCCUUAUUUUAUACCUGAGAUACAAUCAGAAUGCUGGAAGGAACUGCUUCCACCACAGCCAUGCCUAAACCUCGAAGUGUUCUCAGUCUGCAUUCUCUAAGGCAAGGUACACUCAAACAUUAAGUUGGCAAUAGUAUCUAGUAUUUUCAGGUAAGAAUAAAAUUCUGUAGCUUAGUAUAAUGUCAGUAUUAAUCUGUCUACUCACAUUUCUACAUUUUUGAGAAGUAUAAUUUUUUAAAAUAUAUAUUUAUUGAUUUCAGAGAGUUAGAAACAUCAAUGAUGAGAGAGAAUCAUUGACUGGCUGCCUCCUGCAGGCUCCCUUCUGGGGAUCAAGCCCACAACCUGGGCAUGUGCCCUGACCAGGAAUCAAACUGUGACCUCCUGGUUCACAGGUCAAUGCUCAACCACUAAGCCAGGCCAGCCAGGCGAAAGUAUAAUUUUUUAAAAAACUAUGUUCUCUCCAGGAACCUCAGUUCACCCCCUAUUUUAUUUUCUUUCAAAAAUUAGGGACUUGUUCUUAGCUAACAUUCACAGUAUGUCAUUCAUUUGAGACUGCUUACUCAGAAUCUAAUGUUGUGUUUGUCACACUGCUAAUUAACAUUUCCUAAAUGCCUUAUGUCAUGUAUGGUUUUCUAUUCCAUACAUUAGCGUCAACCUGUGUAUACAUCCAAGGGUUAUUUAUUACAUUCUGAUGUCACCAAGGAAGACUUGCUUUGUUUCUUAGACUUUACAACCAGUUAGACUUCGCUAGUCACUGUCCGAUUGCAUCCCCUUGUCCAAAAAUAAGUUUAGGAAGCCUUUUUGCAAAUGAUCUGUUGCAUCAUAUUUAAAGUGAGAUAUACACUGAGUGUGCCAAGGAACUAAGCAGCCAUGCCCGUCAGCAGUAAUGUUCACCGGGCAUUGGAUGUCUGCUGGGAGGAGCAGGUCUUAAACUGUUUGGUCUCCAGACCUUUUGUUUAUGUGAGUUAUAAAUCUGUUAAAAAUUUAAAAGUUACACAUAUUUAUUCAUUUAAAAAUAAUACACAUGUAAAUAUAAACACUUUUAUGAAAAAUGUCUAUUUUCCAAAACAUUAAAAAUAAGAUUUCGUGAGAAAAGUGGCACUGUAUCCCAUUUUUUGCAGAUGUCUUUCCUGCCCGCCUUAAAGAGACAGAUGGCAUCUCCUGUCUGCUUCCACGUUCAAUCUGUUGUGCUAUCGCACAUCAUGCGGCCUCCAGUAAAUGCUACUACACGUUCAUGAGAAAGUGAACAAAACAAAUAACGUCUCAGUAUGAUCAGGAAAGUAGUUUUGACCGUGUGGACCUGAAAGCCAUUCUGAUAAAGCAAUGAUUUGCCGUGAUUCUCAAGCCUUAGUGUAAGAAUCACUCGGAAAGCUUUUCAAAAGGCCUAUUGCUGCCACUCACCAUGCACAUCCUGAUUCAUCGUAUCUGGGGUGAGUCCCAGAUCUCUGCAUUUUUUAUCGCAUUUGAUUCUUAGGUAGGUAAUGGCAGGAAAUCCUGCACCGAAGCUUCCCCUUAAGAAAAUAAAGCCUGGGGGGUGAGGACACAUUUGUAAUACCUUAACUAAUAAAAAAAUAAAAAAAUAAAAAAAUAAAGCCUCGUGUGCACCAUGGACAGUGGAAGACCCUCCACUGAAAUGGGGGGUCCUCUUAGUUUUAUCUCUGUUCCCCACAGUUUGUUCUGAGACUGUUCCCCUUUAACUCUGAACUAACCAUGCCAUAAACCUAUACUUCGUCUUCUAUGAGCACAGCUGAGAUUAGGCUGGAACAUUUAAAUGAGGUUUUUAUCAAAGGCUCAGGAAUAACGAAAGGGAAGUACCCGUAUAACUAGAUGGCCCGUUUCAUAAACUCUAUCUUCUGUUGGAGGAACAUUUGAAGAAUGCUUUCUUUUAGAGACCUGUCUUUUUACUAGGAAGGGAGGGAGGACAAAGGAAAACCUUCUCUUUUUGUUAUUUACUCUCAGAAAUGAACAGGUAUAUAAUAGAAAAUAAAUAUUGUCAGUCAUGUUUACAGCUGUGGCAGAGCCCCCUAGUGAAACAAUGGCAUUCUUUACAAUAAUGAGGGGACAGUAAAAUCAAUGAACUUCUCUUUCACAUAUAAAAUAACAUAAGGUGGUUAUUAACAUUUUCAAGAAUAUGUAAGGAAAUGUUUCAUAUAGGCCUAUCAUGAAGCAUUUUAUAAUUUUUACUUGCAUAAUUAUAGUCAUUAUGUGAUUCUCCAUAUAUUUCUAUAAAGGGCCUCUUGGAAAUAUUUGUCUUGUACCUACAGAAAAGCCUCCUUCGUGGAUGUUCCCAUUUAUAAUUAUUUAACCAGGAGACACACAGGAGGUUUUCUUAUGUGUCCAUGUAGAAUACACCCCAGUGGGAAGUUUCUAUAGGGAAAGACCCAUCACCAGCAGUAACCUUCGUUUUUGUAACUGUAAAAACUUUCACUAAUGUGGAUAAUAUUCUCAGAGGUUUUCUAAAAUGAGAAUCAUCUGAUAAAGCUUUUUACCUGAAAGUUUCACGUUCUAAAGUUGUUAAUUAAAUGUGUAGAAUAUUCAAAACAUGUUGAUUUUAGAAAACAUAAGCUGAAUUUAUUAAGGGAAGGCAACCUGGCAAUUAAGCAUAUUAGGUGUGGAAUAUAAUUUGACCUAAAGUCAUUUCAAAACUAUUGUCAGUUUCUUGAAAAUCAUUGUUAGAGUUAGUAUAUAGAAGUGCAUUUCUAAUUUUGCAGAUUCUAAUUUACUGGUUAAAUUACUAUGCAUUUUCCAGGUUAUAACGGUGAUCUUAUUUUAUAUACUUCUCUCCUUCAGAAUACUUUUUAUUAUGUUUCAUUGUGUUGAAAAUAUGGUAUGUAUGCAUCUAUUUUAGUGCCUUAAAGUACUUUGAAAGCAAUCUUUUGCUAAAGGCUAACAAACUGUUGUCUUAAGGGUGGAAUACUAUUUGUUAAAAGGAUCUGUGAAAUAAUUCAUACUUGUUUAUUAUAAAGUGGUUACAUAUAGGUGCAUUUGUCAUUUUUAUUUGGCAAAUUCAUUCACUUUGAGAAUCUACAAAUAUUUAUUAGUUGCCUUCUGUUUGCCAGGUACUUUAACCAAUGUUACUUUCACUUAAUACUCAGAAAUGUUAAAGUGUGAUAUUUUCUAUACUGACUCAGUGUUUGUGUUUGUUUUUUAAACCAUCCUUGUGACCUGAGUUGAACUAGCAUGAAGACUCCUUGGUAGGAUUUACUUCUUUGUUCUUUCUCUAACUACAAACCAUUUAAUUAAAAAUUAGUUCAGCAUAGUACAUCUUCAAAUAGCAGUGGUUUACUCAGUAGACAAAUAUUUGACUUUUGUUGUUUGCUUUAAAUGUAUUUUUGCACAGAUAAUUCAUAUAAAUUAUAGAAAAUUAUAAGAUGCAGAUAUUCUUAAAUGAUCUUUAAGUCACCUGUGUUACCAUAAAAACAUUCAAACCUGUAAA